AUGGAUAUGGCCGUUAACCCGCUGAUUGACAGCUCACAAGGUGGGUUGGAUGUUGGCCUAAUGGGGCUCACGGCACUGGAUCAGACUUCCAGUACAGCUGGAAAAAGGAUCCGGAAGCCAUCACUGCUCUAUGAGGGCUUCGAGAGCCCUGGGAUGCCCCCUCACUGCCAGACCACUGCCUCCGGCCUCCAGCAGCCUGUGGUUAAAGAGGCUGGCCGGCAGGGGAAGAUGACCAACCAGUUACAGUUCUUGCAGAAGGUUUUGCUCAAGUCGUUGUGGCGCCACCACUUUGCGUGGCCCUUCCAUCAGCCCGUGGAUGCUGUCAAGCUUAACCUGCCUGACUAUCACAAGAUCAUAAAGAUCCCAAUGGACUUGGGCACUAUCAAGAAGAGGCUGGAGACUAACUACUACUACAGUGCUAGUGAAUGCAUACAGGACUUUAACACUAUGUUUACCAACUGUUACAUUUACAACAAGCCGUCUGAUGACAUUGUCCUGAUGGCCCAGUCACUGGAGAAAGCAUUUCUUCAGAAGGUGGCUCAGAUGCCUCCUGAAGAGGUGGAUCUAAGCCCUCCUCCGCCGCGCAGCAGACCCGUCAAAACAGGGAAGAGGGUCUCUGGAGGAAUCACCACCGCUCACCAGGUGCCCGCCGUUUCCCAGUCUGUCUACUCGCCGCCUACCCCGGAGACGCCCGAAUCUAUCCUCUCCAUGCCACCGCAGACCAUUGUGUCCAAGAAUCUGGGAAUCGCACUGCACAAUGAGCACGGCAUCCCCUCAAUGACCGGCCUGCCUCCUACAAUGCCCACUACUAAGAAAAAAGGCGUGAAAAGGAAAGCGGACACGACCACCCCGACCACAGUGGCCAUGCCCAUCAUGAAUUCCAUGAACGUGGGCGGCAUGAACAUGGGUAGCAUGAACAUGAAUUUGGGCAUGGACUCACCACUCACCCUCACCGCUCUUGGUGUGGACCACGACACCAGCCUGAGCCUCGGGCAAGGUUUAGGGCUCAACCAGGCCCUGAACCUCGGACAAGGAGUGAGCGGGCGGCCCAUCAAACCUCCCAAGAAAGACUUGCCAGACUCCAUCUUGCCCACACCGGUGCGUCGCAGCAAGCUGACGCCGCAGCUGCGCUACUGCAGUGGUGUCUUGAAAGAACUUCUGUCUAAGAAGCACGCCGCAUAUGCCUGGCCCUUCUACAAGCCCGUGGACGCUUCCUCGCUGGGUCUUCACGACUACCACGAUAUUAUCAAGCAGCCCAUGGACCUUAGCACUAUCAAGAGGAAAAUGGACAGCAGAGAGUACAUUGACGCACAGCAAUUUUCUGCGGAUGUCAGGCUGAUGUUCUCCAACUGCUAUAAGUACAACCCGCCCGAUCACGACGUGGUGGCCAUGGCUAGAAAGCUCCAGGAUGUAUUUGAAUUCUGCUUCGCCAAAAUGCCCGACGAACAGCCGGUGCCCCAGAGCUCCUCGUCUUCCUCAUCGUCUUCAUCUUCCUCCUCGUCCGAGAGCGAGUUGAGCAGCGAGGAAAGCGAGAGCGAGAGUAGCCCCAGCUCUGAUUCCGAGGAAGAGCGAGCCAACCGCCUGGCUGAGCUCCAAGAGCAGCUGAAGGCCGUCCACGAGCAGCUCACAGCACUUUCUCAGGGCCCCAUAGUGAAACCCAAGAAGAAGAAAGAAAAGAAAGGCAAGAAGAAGAGGAGGAAGAGUGAGAAGCACCAGAAAAUAGAAGAGGACUUUGUGCCAAUCAGGCCGCCCAAGGCUCCUAAAGUUACCAAAAAUGCAAAAAAGAGCAAUAAAGCAAUGGGUGUUCCUUUGAUGCCACUCAAGAAGACCCAGAGCAAGAAAAACAACAAGAGCAAGUCCAAAAAGGGAGGCAUGAUGUUCAGCAUGCCGUCAGCCAUCCCAGAACCCCUGAUUCCCCACUUUGACUCCGAUGAGGAGGAGGAGACUGCACCCAUGUCAUACGACGAGAAGCGGCAACUUAGCCUAGACAUUAACAAGCUGCCCGGUGAAAAGCUUGGCCGCGUAGUCUACAUAAUCCAAUCGCGUGAGCCGUCCCUCCGAGACACCAACCCCGAGGAGAUCGAGAUCGAUUUCGAGACGCUGAAGCCGUCCACGCUGAGAGAGCUGGAACGCUAUGUCAUGACGUGCCUGAGGAAGAAGCCGCGCAAGCCUUACGCCAUCAAGAAUAGCGCGGGAAAGUCACGUGAGGAGCUGGCUCUGGAGAAACAACUGGAGCUGGAGAGAAGGCUGAUGGAUGUUAGUGGGCAGCUCAACUCUGGGAAGAAGCCCACCAAAGCCAAACUGGAGAAACCGGCCACCGAGUCGAGCACUCAGCCAUCGCGCCUCAGCGCUAGCAGCUCGUCCUCGGACUCGUCCUCAUCUUCCUCCUCUUCAUCAUCUUCCGACACCAGCGAGUCAGACUCUGGCUGA